AAACCUAAUGUAAACUCAUAAGCAGUUUGUUAUCAUUUAGAAGUAGGUAGUUGCGUGAUCUGCUAUAGUUCAGAUAUCACUUAAAUAUGUAAACAAAUAAAUUAGAAUCGUUAUUUUUUUCCUCAAUGGAUUGAUAAUGAAGAAUGUGAAAAGUGUAUCCGUACAAGUGGUUAACAGCGAUUUAGCAUUACUUUUACCUAAUGGUAUCUAUGAAAUUGAACAAAUGGAAAACAGGUCCUCCAGAUUAAAGCAAAUAUGCCUUUUCUGCUUGGCUUUGUGCAUUUUUGGUAUACUUGGAUUUGGAUAUUUCUGCCCCGAUAAGGUAUGUGCAUUAAGCUCGAGAGAAACAGUGUACAUACAAGAUAAUUUAGGUAAGCCCCUUGCUCAGUCACGAUCAAAAGUUAGUUUAAGCUAUGACGAUAUGUUAAAUGAUGAUUUUACUUUCGAUAUGGACUCUCAUGAUGUCAUUGUUUUUCUCCAUAUGCAAAAAACAGGAGGAACGUCGUUCGGUAAACAUCUCGUACACGAUUUAGACUUGAAACGACCUUGUACGUGCCCGAUAGGUCGAAAGAGAUGUUAUUGUUUCCGUUCUCAUUCGAACCAAAGCUGGUUGUUCAGUCGGUAUACUACAGGAUGGAAAUGUGGUUUACACGCAGAUUGGACAGAAUUAACAAGCUGCGUAGACGAAAAAUUAGACGAAAUGGAAGAUGUGGUAAAGAGGAGGUAUUUCUAUAUAACGUUAUUAAGAGAACCAGUUGCAAGAUAUUUAUCUGAAUUUCGUCACGUACAAAGAGGAGCCACUUGGAAGGGUUCCAGACACUUUUGUAACGGUCGAUUAGCCACUGAAAGAGAAGUGCCUUCUUGUUAUAAAGGAGAAGAUUGGGAGGGUGUUAAAUUAGACGAAUUUAUGAAUUGCGAAAGUAAUUUAGGUAACAAUAGACAGACGAGGAUGUUGGCAGAUCUGGAAUUAGUUGGUUGUUAUAAUAGAUCCUACAUGUCGUUAGACGACAGGAACAGGAUAUUGUUGGCCAGCGCAAAGAAGAACCUUCUAUCUAUGGCGUUUUUCGGUUUAACCGAAUACCAAAAAAUAUCCCAAUACAUAUUCGAGGAAACUUUUAAUCUCAGAUUUGCAGUACCCUUUGAACAAAAUAACGCCACGGUUUCCAGUUACACUUUAACCACGCUAACGUCAGAUCAAUCGGAAAAAAUAAAAAAAUUGAAUAAUCUCGAUAUACAGUUAUACAGUUUCGCCAAAAAAAUUUUAUUUGAGCGAUUUGAAAGAUUGAAAAAACGAGAUAACGAUUUCCAAGAAAGAUUUAAGAAUCUCGGGGUGUUGAACGCUAAACAAAGUCCAACGGAAUUCGAUUGGGAUAAAUUGGAGGAUCCCGUCGAUAAUACUUGAAAAUACGGUCGAUUUUUACAAAGUCUGAUAUUAGAAGUGCCAUCAUUACUUUCUAUUAUUUUCAUAUGGAAGUUUUAUAUUUUUUUAUCACAAAUUUUUACCUGUAUAUCAAAAAACAGGCAACAAAACUAAUCACAUUUCUUUCUUAUCUAUUUUUUCCCAACUUAUUGAUAUCUGUGAAUCUUUUCAUUUAUCUCACGUCCACCGUAUUCACCGUUUAUCAAGUUUCUGACUUUUUUUUGGUUUAUCGACGCUUUACUUCAUCUUAUUCCUAGUAAUUCCCGAAAUAUCUAAUUAAUUUCUAUUUAGAGACCAGAUUAUGAUUCAAAAACCUUGUUUUAUAUGAUUUUGUACAAUUUAAAUACUCAAAAUUUAUUAUAGAAAGUAACUAGUACUUUAGAUUUUUUUUAUAUAUAUAUAUAUAGUAAUGUGUAAUUUAAAACUGAUUUUUUCCACGUAGGAUAUUUAUUUUAUUGAAAAAUUUGGUAUAUUUGAUCGUUUUCUAUUUUUUAAAUACACCUCGUAUUACGUACCUUAUCAAUUUUUAUUAGAUCGAAUUUUUUUUAUCUUGUAAACAACAAAUAAAAUAAUCUUAUUUUGAUGGAUAAAAAAUAAAGUCAAGUUAAGUUACAUUUGAACUACUUUUGACAGAUAACAAAAUUAUUAACUGUUUAACUAAAUAGUUAGAGGCCAUUGUUAUAAGUAUUUUUGACACGUUGCAACCGAAUAAAGAAUCAUUAAUUAUGUGAUAAAGAAUACGUUUUAUGAUCAGUAGUUGUACAUUUUUAGUUAGUAGUGCAAUUGUACCUAUAAUAGACACACGAGAAAACAAAUACAUUAGUUAAAAAAAUCGUAUAUAGUAAUAAUUUUGCAGUACUUUUAAAACGAAAUAAUUCAAUAUUAGUUAGUUAAUGCAAAUCACAACAUUUAAUAUUCUUUAUAUUUUAGUUAUAUUUAAAAAAAAUAACCAAAGAUUUAGCUCGUAAGUUUUUUAUUUGAUUAGAAUAAAUUUUUAUAUUUGUAUUUUGGAAAAAUUUUAUUUUAGUGUUAAGUACAUUUUUAAAAAAUCGCAUUUAUUUGUAAAAUCUGAUACAACAACGUGGUCCAAAGGGCGUUUACGAUUUAAGUUUGUACGGUGUGUCCAAAAUAUUAUUAUCGCAUCCUGAUUUAUACAGGGCUGCUAAAUAAUUCGAAAUAAAGGACAAUCUUGACGCAUUUUCGUAUUCUAUUAGAUAGAAUUAUAAUUGUAUAGCGUAAAUCACGUGAUGGAGUUCCAGAAUAUGGAAAAUCCUAUUAAAAAAUUUAAUUCGUUUUCGAAAAAAAAAUUGAACCGGAUCGUAAAUUUUUUUAGCGAUUCCCUCUAAGAAAAUAUUAAAGAUUUCGCUUUUUUUUUCAUAUAUAUCACAAGAUCACAAUAGAGACUGAUUUGUUUCAUUUUAGAAUAAGUUAAUUUGAUCCCUUUUCGAGCAUUUAUUGUUUUCGAUUUGAAAAGAUGACCAUACAUUUAGCUUCAUAAAGUAUAUACACGUGUAAUUAUUUUGCAUGAUGAAAUAUAAUAGUUUUUACA